ACCCCACACUCACCAAAUCCACCAAAGUAUCAACCGUUAACUUGAAGCAACAACUAGCAAAGCAGCCACAAUAUCAAACAUCAACUGUCGGUUGCAACUUACAACAUCUUCCUUUCUUCUUCUUCCAGCUCACACACACUCUUUCUUCUUACCUGCUCUUUACUUUCCCCUCAUAAUUCACACACUACUGUGUGUCUUUUCACCAAAACACACACUACCCAUUUCACAUCUCCUUCUUCUUAACAAUACCCAUAUUUCAAAAUCCAAUCUUGAUCCCCUUUUAUGGGUACAAAUUUUAUUCCAAUGGUAGUCCAAAAAGAGCCCAAAUCUUCAUCUUUGCCCACUACUUUACGCUCAAAUAGACAUUCUGUAUCUAAAUCACUUGACUUUUCCACAUGGGUAUCUGAAAAUCUUUACAAAAUUGUAACAAUCUUGUUUUUAAUCGCCACCGUCGCCGCCGUGUUCUUCCUCCGAAACGUCGGUGACUCGGCGGCGUUGCUCUGUUUUCAAAAACAAACACAACAACUUGAAACUAUUCAUUUUCCUGUUAUUAAUUAUAAUGCAAUUGAUCCUAUUGUUGAUAAAGUUUCACCUUUUUCAAGUUUUAGAUCAGAGCAAUGGAUUGUUGUUUCGGUUUCCGGGUACCCGAGUGAUUCGUUUAAGAAGUUGUUGAAGAUUAAAGGCUGGCAAAUCGUUGCGGUUGGAAACUCGAAAACCCCGAGUGAUUGGUAUGUUAAAGGUGUGAUCUUUUUGUCUUUAGAUGAUCAAGCUAAGUUAGGUUUUAGAAUUGUUGAUUACUUGCCUUAUGAUUCAUAUGUUAGGAAAAAUGUUGGUUAUUUGUUUGCUAUACAACAUGGUGCUAAGAAAAUAUAUGAUGCUGAUGAUAGAGGGGAAAUGAUUGAUGAUGAUAUAGGUAAACAUUUUGAUGUUGAGUUAGUUGGUGAAAGUGCUAGGCAAGAGGUUAUAUUGCAGUAUAGUCACGAGAAUCCGAAUAGGAGUGUUGUCAAUCCGUAUAUUCAUUUUGGGCAACGGUCGGUUUGGCCUAGGGGAUUGCCUUUAGAAAAUGUAGGUGAGAUUGAACAUGAAGAGUAUUAUACCGAAGUAUUUGGUGGAAAGCAGUUUAUACAACAAGGGAUUUCAAAUGGGUUGCCUGAUGUUGAUUCGGUUUUUUAUUUUACUAGGAAGCCAAAUCUUGAACCUUUUGAUAUUAGGUUUGAUGAGCAUGCCCCGAAAGUUGCGUUUCCUCAAGGAAUCAUGGUGCCCAUGAAUUCUUUUAAUACUUUGCAUCAUUAUUCAGCGUUUUGGGGUUUAAUGCUUCCUAUUGAUAUAAGUUCGAUGGCUUCUGAUGUGUUGAGAGGUUAUUGGGCACAACGGCUUUUAUGGGAAAUUGGUGGGUAUGUUGUGGUUUAUCCUCCUACUGUACAUAGAUACGAUAGAAUUGAAGCGUACCCAUUUGCAGAAGAGAAAGAUCUUCAUGUUAAUGUGGGUCAUUUGAUUAAGUUUCUGGUAUCGUGGAAAUCUGAUAAGCAUAGAUUGUUUGAAAUUUUAAUGGAACUUAGUUACGCUAUGGCUGAGGAAGGGUUUUGGACUGAAAAAGAUUUGAAGUUUACAGCGGCUUGGAUUCAGGAUUUGAUUGCUGUUGGUUACCUGCAACCUCGGCUAAUGACACUGGAACUGCAUAGGCCAAGAGCAGCCAUCGGUCACGGAGAUCGAAAGGAUUUUGUACCUCAGAAGCUACCAUCUGUUCAUCUUGGAGUUGAGGAAACCGGAACAGUAAAUUAUGAAAUAGGGAAUUUGAUUAGGUGGAGAAAGAAUUUCGGGAAUGUUGUGCUUAUACUGUAUUGCAAUGGACCUGUUGAACGAACUGCUCUUGAGUGGAGAUUGCUGUAUGGCAGAAUAUUCAAGGCUGUUGUUAUCUUGUCAGAAAAGAAGAAUGGUGAACUUGCCGUUGAAAAAGGCCAUUUGGAUCACCUAUACAAGGAUCUUCCAAAAUUGUUUGAUAGGUUUUCAAGUGCAGAAGGAUUUUUGUUUCUCCAGGAUAAUACAGUUCUUAAUUACUGGAACUUGGUCCAAGCAGAUAAGACUAAGCUCUGGAUAACAGACAAGGUAUCAAAAUCUUGGACCACUGUUUCAUAUAAUGGAAACCAAGACUGGUAUGGCAAACAAGGAGAAAUGGUUAACAAAGUAGUGAGCUCAAUGCCCGUUCAUUUCCAAGUCAGUUACAAGAAACAUAUGACUAGCCAUGACUCGAGCCUCACAAUUUGCAGUUCUGAGGUUUUUUAUGUUCCCCGAAGGCUAGUCAGUGACUUCAAAGAUCUUGUAUAUCUUGUAGGAAAUCUUGAUAUUCACCAGAAGGUUGCUCUUCCCAUGUUCUUUGUAGCACUGGAUUCCACUGAGAAUUUUGACUCGGUAUUUAGGACAAUGGUGUACAAGGAGAAACCACCUUCGAAUGCUUCAAGUUAUUAUUCUCCUGAAGCAGCUGCAGUUUAUCCAUGGAAUGUGUCAACUGAGCAAGAAUUCAUUAAGCUUAUCAGAAUAAUGGCAGCAGGUGAUCCGCUUUUGAUGGAGUUGGUUUAAAUACCUGCAUUUUUUGUACGAUUCUUUCUAUAGAUGAAUAUGAACUUUCUGUAGAUUCUUGUGGUGGACUGUUGGGGAUUUUGUGUAAAAGUUAUAGGGUGGAAGGAGGAGAUGGAAAAUAGAAGUAAAAUUUCUCUUAUUUUUCGUUUCGUUCCUGAAUUUAGUACAGAUUUUGAAAGCAGGCCUAAUUUGUACAUUGGUAUUCAUACAACUGAAGUAUACAAUCUACAACUUGUUUCUUCUC